UACGUACACCGGAAAACACGUGCUUCCACUCUACGCAUGCGCUAGUGUACUGCGAUGCUAAUUUUUGUAGCUUCGAGAUUGUAAACACGUUUUAAAACUACACCGUAUGAUGUCUGGGAAAACAGAUUUUAAAAUCAACACCCAAUUCGCAAAGAAGUAUGAUAAAUACCGACAGAAGGAAGAGCUGCAGAGGCUCAAGGAUCGAUAUGGAGACCGCGAUAUUGACGAUGAAUCGGAAUCAUCUGAGUCCAGUUCGGAUGACAGCGAAGUGGAGUUGGAUCCAGAGGUUGAACGGGACUUUUACAGGACAUUGUCACUACUAAAGAAGAAAGAUCCGAAGAUCUAUCAGAAAGAUGCGAAAUUCUACUCAGAAGGUGCAGACAACACUGAUGUGAAGCCAUCAACCUCAAAGUCAAGAGAGAAGCCCAUGUAUCUGAAGGACUAUGAGCGUAAAGUCAUACUCGAGAAGGAAGGAAAAUAUGAUGAUGAGGAUAGUGACAGUGAUGAUGAAGAGGCAGCAAAAAGACGAGAAAGAGCAUCUUCCCCCAGCUACCUGCAGGAGCAGAAGCAAUUGAAAGAAAGUUUCCGGAAGUUCAUCCAAGACAGCGAUGAUGAAAAUGAUGGCAGCGAAGGCAGUGGGGAAGGAGUGUCCCAGUUGCUAACUAGGAGGAUCAAAACACAGGAAGAACAGGACAAAGAGGAGGCAGACUAUGUUGAAUGGCUCAAAGGGCAGGUGGAUCUUGAUGGACCGGAGGAGGUGAAGGACAUGAAAUACCUACGAGACUACUGGAAUGACCCGAAACUGGAUGAGGACGAAUGUUUCCUUCGAGACUAUGUUCUAAACAAACGCUACAAAGAUGAUGAUGAUGACAAUGAUGAGAGGAUCCCAACAUAUGAGGAGUUGGUGCAGGACGAUGUGGAGGAUUCCGAAGAGGAAGGCGAGACCUUCUUGCAGCGGCAGCAGGCCUUUGAGAGAAGCUACAACUUCCGUUUUGAGGAGCCCGAUGCUCAUCAAAUCAAGACAUACCCUCGUAGCAUUGCCACUUCUGUGCGCUCCAAAGACGAUCGCAGAAAAAGAAAAAGGGAGGAAGUGAAAGAAAGGAAGGCGAUGGAGAAACAGAAUAAACGGGAGCAGCUGAAGCAACUGAAGAACUUAAAGCGAAAUGAAAUCAUGGAGAAGUUGAAGCAGCUUCAGGAGCUUACUGGCAAUGACGAGCUCGCUUUUAGUCAAGCUGAUCUAGAAGGAGAUUUCGAUCCACAACAUCAUGACCAGCUCAUGCAGAAAUUUUUUGGGGACAAAUACUACGGUGAGCAAGAAGAGGAGAAGCCUCAGUUUGAGGAUGAUGAUGACCAUGAGGAGCACUGGAACUGGGACACAUGGACGGGAGAAGAGCAAGAACAAACGUAUGAUGCCGGAGAGCUGCACUGCGAUGACCAGGAUUUCAAUAUGGAUGCAGACUAUGACCCCAGCCAGCACACAGUUUCUAAAAAGGAGAGGAAGAAAAUGAAGAAGGCGGAUCUACCUCAAAUGGGCAAGAAGAAAAAGAAGUCUCACUUUGCAGAAGUGGUCACGAAAAAAAAGCCUGUCUUUGAUCCGCAGGAGAAGAGUUUUGAGCAGUACCUUGACGAGUACUACAAACUGGACUAUGAGGAUAUCAUUGAUGACCUCCCAUGCAGGUUUCGUUACAGGCAGGUCUUGGCCAAUGACUUUGGUCUGACCACUGAUGAGAUCUUGUCUGCGGAUGAUAAGGAUCUAAAUCGAUGGUGCUCUCUGAAGAAGACCUGCAUGUUCAGAUCCGACCACAUAGAGAUGAACGAUUUAAAGAACUACAAAUUAAAAUCACAGAAUGAAAAGAAGAAAAGAGAAAUACUGUCAUCUGUCUAUUCUGACAGAAAAUAUAAAGUGGCGCCUGCCAAGACUAAGAUGGGGAAGAAGCGACGUGAUCGUGUGAAAAAUGCCAAGAGGCACAACAGAGAAGCUGAGGAUGGUGACAGCUCCUCUGUGAUGGAGACAUCGGACAAGCCUGCACAAGCUCUUCGAGAGUUUGGGUCUGAUGAUGAACCAGAGGAGUUUCUCAAGAAAAAGAUGAAACAAGAAGAGGACUGCCAGACAUUUCCUGCUGAUGAAGCGGUUCAGGUUGAAGACAACGUUAAGACAAAAAGAUUGAAGAAGCUCAAGCACCCGGGUGGACAUCGCAAAACAGGAACAGUCGGAUUGGAAAUUGGAGGCCAAGAGUUUAGCAGAGAGAGACUGAAGGCGUAUGGGUUGAAUCCCAAGAGACUGUUCUUCAAACAGCUCGCAAGGCAAAAACGGAAGGAGAAACUGAAAAAAAUCACUGCUUAACAGAGUUUAGACUGAAACAUUAUGUUUUUAUGGUCCAAAUGUGUCAAUAUUGAACUUAGCGCCAUUUAAUUUUAUACAGUGAACCAACAGGGAAAUGUGAUAUUUACAAUGCAGAGAUUGUUUUAUCUUUUGAAAAUGUUUUCAAUUGGAAAAUAAAUCUCUUUGGGGAAGAUAAUUUGGAGCAUUUUGCUAAGCAAUUUCAUUUUGAUGGAUGAGCAACUGAGUGGGAAUAGUUUGUCAUUAAAAACAUAACUUCCAAAUGUUUGAAAGUGCCAUGUUCAUCUGUUCAAUUGCAUGCCAGUAUAGAAAAUAAUGGAAGCCAUCACACCUGUAAAGAAGACGACAGGCUCUGUGUACCAGAGAUGUGUGUUUUGGUCUGAAAGGUGCAAAUAAAGACAUUGUGCUGAA